AUGGAAUAAUAAUCGCUAAGAUUAUUAAUUCAAGUUGACAGUAGGAUCAAAUUGAUUUUAAAUUCAUAAAGCCACUUAAUUAAAUUUAUAAAUAACUUAUUUUCUAUGCCAUUCAUUUUGUUUAAUGUCGAAAUAACUUUAAAAUAUGGACAAGCCUUAUACUUAGCCAAUUCCUAAUGUAAUUGGAUUGUUGAUAAAAUUUGUCGUAUGAUUUGUAUUUAGGUAAAUUAUAUCAGUAUAUAAAUAGGAUUCUCUUUGGUAAUUGUCAUUUGAGGUUUCUUAGAAGCCCUUCGAAUAUAAAUAUGUAAUAGGAGAUUACUUUCUAUCAAAUGAAAGUUAUUUUUAAUGGGAACAGGGUCCAAACCGAAUUUUAAAUUGGAAGGAUGAAAAAUCAAUGAAUAUAAGUAUUAAUAUGUUUUAACAAUAGAAAAUAGAUGGGAAGAAAGAAAAAUUUAAUUUAUAUUGGAAUCAGAUCCCAAGAUAUCUGUUGCUAUUUUAAUGAGCAAUUAUAAUAAAAUUCAAAAAAGAUUAAAAAAUUAUAAAGAUAAAAACAAUCACUAAAAAGUCUUUUACACUAGCAUAUAUGCUGAUGUAAAUAAGAUGGCUGAGGGGAUAGAAGUUUAAUAUUACCUUCUCUUAUAAGGGAAAAGUAAAAAAACUUAUAAUUUCAAGAUCCUUGUGAGCUCAUUAGUAAACCUUUUACUUUAGAUCUUUCUGAAUAAUAUAGUUUUGAUUCGAAAGAACUUGAAUUCUCGAAACUUUCAUUAUGA